UGAAACAAAAGUCCAAGACAAUGAGCUUGAGCAUUAAGAGUGAACAGAAUGGAGAUACUGAGAUGGAGACACCAACUCUGAAGAGAAGACGAAGUGCUUCACCUUCAGACAAUAGGGCUACAAUGGAAAUGUCACUUGCAAUUGAUGCUGGUAUAUUAUGCAUGGAGGCUCUCUCAGACUUAAAAGAUCAGUUUGAAUGUACUAAGCAUGUUGCCACAAUGAUUUUCCCCUUAUUGCUAAUUCUCCCUAAGACUCAAUGUUUAAACUUGAAGGCCAUAGAAUUGGCCAAGAAAAUCGAUUGGCCUUUAUAUGAGAAGAUUUUCAUUCCAAGUGUACAUUAAAUGAUUUUGUAUUAAUUACAAGAAUAUAAUUUUUUCCUUAUUAUCCAAAUUUAUGCAUGUUAUUAUCUUCUUUCAGGAUGUGUGAGCUGCGACCAUGAAGUGCAUUGAGAGUUUAUCUGCUCUACGGCCUCGUGUAAACCUUUCAAAAUAUAAAACCAGUAUGAACCCCGUGCAAACUUUUUAAUUGGCUAAUUGUUUGUAUCUUAUAUAAUUCAGCCUUCUUUGUUAAAACUAUGACAGGUGAAAGUGGAAAAUGGAGUCACUUUCUCGGGGAACUACUAAGCUUAAUGGUUGAAUUUAAAGCAUUGUUACUAUCUGAUAGAAAUGUACUUUUCUCGUUUUUUACAUCUAAUUUGGGCUGCUCACGCAAUAAUCUUCUACUGCCAGAAACAAUUGGAGAAAGCUAAACAUCCUUUCUUUGGUCAAAGGAGUGGAUGGUCAACUCUUACAUGUAAAAGAUGUUAAAAUAUUGGCUAGCAUGCUUUUGAAAAGGCGUCGUGAAUAUCAUAUUCAACAUGCAGAGUCUUGCCAAAAGUUGU